AUGUAUUUGCUUUCCGCCCUGGUCGUAUCCAGUCCCAUCCUGGUGGCAUUUACCACUGCACGUAACAUUCUCCCCUCGCCUGUCGACAACCCUAUUUCCUACAUUCUCGGUCAGCAGGAGGACGACGCUCUUUCGGGUCUGGUGAAUCGAGCAGUCGGAGCUCGGUGCGGUCCCGAUUUUGGAAAGUGUCCUAAUGGUCACUGCUGUUCAACUGCUGGAUACUGUGGCAACACAAAGAAUCACUGUCGCUCCCCCGAUUGUCAGAUUAAUUACGGUCAUUGUGACGCUCAUAAGACCCCCGGAGGAGCCCCGACAGAGUCCAUCCCCCGCCCCCAGCUCGGCCAUGUGGCGUAUGGUCCGCAUGCUGUUCGUUCCUGCUCUGUCCCGGGAACGGUUGCCUUGACGUACGACGACGGUCCAGGCCCAUACACCAAAGACCUCCUGGAUUUGCUUGACAAAUAUGAUGCGAAGGCAACUUUCUUUAUCACCGGUAACAACAACGGGAAAGGGGAGAUCGACGCACCGGGAAAGCCAUGGAUCGAGCUGAUCCAGCGUAUGCGUCACAAAGGACACCAGAUCGCAAGCCAUACUUGGUCUCAUCAGGAUCUUAGCAAGAUUUCCAGAGACCAGCGUCGCGUUCAGCUGCUGUGGAAUGAGGUAGCCCUCCGCAAUAUCUUGGGUGCCUUCCCAACUUAUAUGCGUCCCCCGUACUCCAGUUGCACUCCUGAGUCUGGCUGUCUGAAAGACAUGGGGUCACUGGGCUAUCAUGUUGUCCUGUACGACAUCGAUACGGAGGAUUAUCGCUACGAUAGCCCUACUAUGAUUCAGCAUUCGAAAGAUAUCUUCGAUAGAGACCUCGCUCGCGGAAAGCCCUCCGACACGUCCUGGUUGGUUAUCGCCCACGAUGUCCAUGAACAGACCGUCCAUAACCUCACCGAGCACAUGCUGAAGAAGCUUCGAUCCGAUGGGUAUCGCCCAGUGACCGUUGGCGAGUGUCUCGGCGACACUGCUGACUUCUGGUAUCGUAAAGAUACCACAUUCGACAAAGAUCUACUCCUGCGAAUGCCCUCCGGGGUAAGAAAGGGCAAAAUAGUCUCACGAGACGGCGUGUGCGGCAAUGGUAUCACCUGCGCUGGGUCUGCCUUUGGCCCUUGCUGUAGUAAGACCAACCGCUGUGGCAAUUAUUCCUCGAAUUGCGGAGAAGGCUGUCAGCCUGAUUUUGGCAAGUGCAGCGGUAUCCGCGAGUCUGACAAGCAUCAUCACAAACACCCCCACCAUGAACUUUCUGACAUGGGACGAAAUGCUUUGAAAUCCGAAGCAUCGUCAUGGUAUGGGGGCGGCCCUGUUUUUGUAGGGUUGAAUCUGGUAUUGGUGGUGCUUGUGUUGUUGAUAUGA